CUAGGCUAUUGGCCAACUUGAAUCUUCUUCUGCAAUUUUGAUUGGUCAUCCGUGAUAGUCCGAAUGUUUCCAAUUGGCGAAGCCGCCACGGGCUCCCCCACCCCCCCGUUCGUCCGCAGAGGAAGCUGGGAAGGCGGGGUCGUUUCUGCGGGAUUACUUUUCUGGGGCCGCUCCUGAUUGGGCGGCGUGGUGCGAUGCGCGCGACCCUUUAGACAACAAACUGUCAAGGGACCGGACCCUGUCCUCUGGGUGCUCCCACCCGUAGUCGGAAACCCAGGGACAGACUUCCGGGCUGUAGGGCCCUUGCAGAGGGCAAGGGGUGGCCGCGGGGCUCGGACCACAUUCGCCUGGGUUUCCCAGCUCCGGGCACCGACAUCAACGAAUGCCCCUUGAAUAUACGUGCGAAUAAAGAGCCGGGACGGAGUUCCGCAAGACCACUGGGCGGCGGAGUCAUGGACAAGCGCCUGCAGGAGGCUCAGCUGUACAAGGAGGAAGGGAACCAGCGCUACCGGGAGGGGAAGUACCGAGAUGCUGUGAGUCGGUACCAUCGCGCUCUGCUUCAGCUGCGGGGUCUGGAUCCCAGUCUGCCCUCCCCGAUUCCCGAUCUGGGACCCGAGGGCCCGGCUCUCACACCUGUUCAGGAAAGCAUGCUGCACACCACCCAGACAGACUGCUACAACAAUCUGGCUGCCUGUCUCCUUCAGAUGGAGCCAGUCAACUAUGAAAGAGUGAAAGAAUACAGCCAGAAAGUCCUGGAACGACAGCCUGAUAAUGCCAAGGCCUUGUAUCGGGCCGGAGUAGCCUUUUUCCACCUGCAGGACUAUGACCAAGCGCGGCACUACCUCCUGGCUGCUGUCAACAAGCAGCCAAAAGAUGCCAAUGUCCGGCGGUACCUCCAGCUAACACAGUUGGAACUCAGUAGCUACCAUCAGAAAGAGAAGCAGCUCUACGUGGGCAUGUUCGGUUAACAGAGAAGAACGACGCUUCUCCACUUGAACUUCGGGGAAAGUCUCACCCAGUGAACCCGAGCCUCGCAGGAGACACGAGCCCCACACCUCUGACCCAGGUGUCUUUCUGUCUUGUUUCUAGUCCUGCACAGACUCUGAACUACUUACACAGUCUGCCUUUGUUUUUUGUCUGUCCAUCUAUAUAUUUGUAUAGCUUUUAAUACGUGUUAUUCUUGGGGACAUUUGCCCUGAGAAUUACAACCAGAAUAUAUUCAUCA